AUGAUUACACCGAGAGCGAAUUUGCGCAGCUAUGGGAACAGCAAGAUAGACUUUGACAAGCACAAGCUUGACGGGCCGUGUAGUGGCCUUGUGCUCGGCGACCUCCUCUGCGGACAUGCGGUCGCGCUCAUCCACCCACCCCUCAACGUCGUCAAGAUCCGCUCCGUCCAUAUCCCACUCGCUCACAUUGUCAUCAUCAUCAUCGCCCCCACCCGCCAUCUCAAGCUCUUGCGCCAGCUCUUGCAGCGCAGCCUCUGCAGUGUCCAAAGCCGCUCCAUUGAUCGUACCGGCACGCAGUCGGUGACAUUCUCUGCCAGGGACAGCGCGGAGGCGUACAAUCGGCCCCGCAUCAUCUUCACCACCCCACAUAUCCCCGACUUCUUCAAACUCACAAACAACAACACCUCCCUUACCGACUAUGUGAUGCAACUGGAGGCCUUCCUCAUCGGAGGCUUCGAUCUGAUGCUUGGGAACUAUAGCAAGAGGACCUUGAAUUUGAAGAAGGAAUGUGUUGGUUUGAUCCGGGAUCAACUUUGUACGGCGACGGGCGGACGCUGCAACAAGAUGAACUACGUCAACUUCGAUACCAUCACAGCGGAAUUCGGUGUUGUGUUGCAGGGCUGGCCCCUGAAGACAUGGUGCUCCCCGAGCGACAUCUCCUUGCAGUUGGAAGUCCAGCUCUUGCUGAACUACCUGCAAUCCGGGACAACGCACUUCCGCAAGCUGACAACGGACAAGUUGAAGGAGUGGAAGAUGGUGCGCGCAAUGGGUGCAGUGGCGGCGACGAUGCAGCCCGGGCCCUCCACCAAGCCCAUCAUGGAGUCUGCCCAAGACGUUGGCGAUGUCUCAUCCACAGCCACUCCCGAACCUGUACCUACCGACAACCGUGACGGCGAUGACGGUGACGACUCUGUGACGCACAAACGGAAGAGGGCGGACACAUUCAUCAAUAUCACCGCCGCUGUGGUCAAUGGCGCCAACACAAUUGAUGGCUCGCAGCUGACAGUAGCAAAGAAGCAGCGGAAGGUGCAGAAGGACAAGGGUCAGAAGCGGGGUCCGAGGAAGUCGUCGAGCAAGGCUGCAAGGGAUCCUACGACAACGAUGACCAAUGGUUCUUCCACCCCGGCCACAGCUACUACGUCCACCGCCCCUUCCACUGCAGCCACGGCUACACCGCCCGCCGCCCCUACCACUACACCCGCUGCGUCCACGUCCGCAAUCGCCUAG